CUCAGGUUCAUGAACUGCAGGGUCCCAGCCAGUAAGAGAUACCAGCCCACUGAAUAUGAACAUGCUGCAAACUGUGCCACACAUGGGUUGUGGAUCCUUCCCAGUCUGGUGGGCGGCUCUGUGCUCUACUUCCUGUCUGUGGACCAAUGGCAUCGUGUGGCGGCCUGGCUCUAUGGGAGCGGUCUCACCGGCCUGUUUGUCACCUCAACACUCUUCCACACCGCUGCCUGGAAAAUCAGCCACCUCCGGAAGCUGGAGCAGCGUUUCCACAUGUGCGACAGAAUGGCCAUCUACUUCUUCAUAGCGGCCUCCUACUCUCCCUGGUUGAUGCUGAGGGAGCUGGGGCCCUGGACGUGCCACAUGCGCUGGCUGAUAUGGGUCAUGGCUUGUGUAGGAUCCAUGUACGUCUUCUUCUUCCACGAGAGGUACAAGCUGGUCGAGUUGUUUGGAUAUGUGGCCAUGGGGGUUGUUCCUGCUUUGGUCAUCCUGUCUAUGGUGGAGCAUACAGGUGUGUGUGAACUGGCGGUGGGAGGAGUCUUCUAUGUGGUGGGCACGGUCUUCUUUAAGAGCGACGGCCUCGUCCCGUUCGCCCACGCCAUCUGGCAUCUGUUCGUCGCAGCAGGAGCGUGCAUUCAUUAUUACGCCAUCUGGAGGUACCUGUACUUACCCGGGCCACUGCUGCAGACAUCGAGGUGACCAGCCGCUCUCACCUGAGAUCAUCACACAGUUCCACGCCACGCGGCUGACUGAGAGAAGGAAAUUCAAGUCACGAGACUGUGUUUUGACAACAGCUAACUGGACUCACGAGGCUACACCUGGAGGGACGGUGACGACAUGAUCUGACCAUCAGCACUGAUUUCCAUAUUCCAACCAUAAGAGAUGUGCUAAUACCUAAGCCAAAGGCAUUCCUUUACACUGGUGCUAACCCCGACUUUAUUUUAGUUUUGUCCAUUUUGCACAGUGGCAAAGUAUAAAAAUAUAAGAGUUGGCACUCAACACAGCACCCUUGCUUCCAAUGGUUUCAUAAACAAAUACACUCUUAGGUUGACUUAGUACUGCAUCCCCCUAAAUGCUGGGGACUGGCCCUUUAAUUAAGGCAAGUUAAAAUGAUGAAAUAUUUUAGCGUUAAACAUGUUUUCUACAGUACAUCACGUCAACUGUAACCUUCAUUUGUAAUCAUUUUAUCCAACGGUUCAUCUUGUGAACCGUCUGCCUCGCAGUCUGCCAUCGAACAGUCUGAAGAGCCGCAAUGCAUUUUGGGGCGGUUGAGUGUGUCCAAUAAGCUCACGCCUCAUACUCUGCUCAUGUACACAUGUGGGCAUUUCUCACCAUCACAAAAUCCACACACUAUGCAGUUGGAAGGCACUGCAUAUAUCAAACUACGUUGUCGAACUUAGUAUGAAUUGUAGGUUAGUAUAUUUCGAACACAGCCUUUGACUGCAUUAAGCAACCUGCAGACAGACUUACGGUCACCGUGUAUCAGCUGUGUGACGCACCGAUACGAGUUAACAGUUGAGCUGCUUUUCUUCCAGAUAAAGGUCGACGGUCGAGGAUAACUGGUCCAUUUGUGAUUCUGUUGUGAUUUACAUUUGUCUUGAAUCCGCCUAAAAAUCAAGUCUCAUAAUUUACUGUCAUGUUAUUUGAAAGAUAAAAAAAAGUUACACUAAUCUAGAGCUAGUGUAACACUGUGUUCUGGGUCACAUGUUACAUUCACAAAAAGUGAUUGUCUCGUUUAGAAGACGAUGAUUGCGGCUCUUAUCCUUGAACACUUCCUAAAAUCUGACAGAAUUAACACAUGGGCAUGUUAUACACCAUUGUUUCUCUUUACAGUCUUCAUUUUUGUACUUCUUCGUCCACUGCAUAGAGCACACUUGCAGGUUCUCCCGAACCUCUAGAAGUGGAGCACUUACUCAGGAAGUGAGCUUUUUUUAAAAUCAGAUGAUCUAUUUUGUAAAAUUGUAUUUUCACUGAAUUAAAGAAGAGACUCUAUAUUACUCUGGGAGGGGUCAGUGUAUUUUGUAAUUGCCAAAAAAAUGUUUCAUCACAUCAAGUGUCAAUCA